AUGAAAGUUGGCAAACGUGGGAGAACUUGGGAAAGCGGAAAAAGUAUAUCAAUAGAUCUACGAAGAGCAAUUAUAGACGAAAUUGUUUUGGCUGGGGGAGAUAUAGUAACUGGAAAUUUUCCCGGUUGCUAUGAACAAAUUGCAACAAAGUUUUGUGUCGCACGAAUCACUGUAAGAAAAAUUUGGAAACGAUAUGUUGAGGAGUUUUCUGAAAACCCUUUGCCAAAAUCGGGCGGAGUGCAGGGGAAGUUGAGCGAAUAUGAUCUGGCACUUAUUGAAGCUUUGCGGAAAGUUCAGAGAGGGUCAUUUAUGAUGAAAGAAACUUGCGCGGAGCUAGAUGAUAUUGGUGAUGUUGAGGAAAGUGUUUCUCUUAGUACCAUAAGUAGAAGUUUACAAAAAUUGCCGUCGGGAAAAGUGUAUACCAGGAAAAAAAUAACUCAUAUAGCAAAGGAAAGAUUUACGAGAGAAAAUAUGAUCUAUACACAACUAUUCUUGAAUUAUGUGAAUAGCAAGAAUCCUUAUACCCUCAAGUUUUUUUUUAUGAGGCUUGAAUAA